AGCAUACUACGAGAGGAAGGAGCAUGCACCGGAUAGAGGAAACAGCUGAUAAGCUAUUCCAAUAAUAAGGUAUGAAUUCCCAUGGAGUAUCAGAUGCACAUGCGCGAAAUCUGUAUAUAUAACACACACCAUCAGAACACCCGCGGACCGAAGAUACCUCUGUUGCCUUGACAUGGAAGUUGAUGCAGAAGUAGAAUUCGGAUAUAUGGGUUGUCGAGACUUUAUGGACAUUCCCGACAGAGGUUCUUUUUUGGCGGAGCAAGAUUCUGUCAGAUUCUGUCAUUUGCGGGUGAUGAGCACACGCGAUCCGCACGAGAGCAACAUAGUUGCGAUCUUUGCAUUGACUUGAAGGCAUGUUCGAGGAUGUGUAUCUGUGAAUCAACCUU